AUGCCGAGCACCACCCUCUCGAAGUACCAGAUGCAGCAGAAGUUGAUCGAGAUGGGCGAAGCUCCACCACCAGGGUGGACCAAGGUGCAGUUGUCAGCGCGGAUAGCCGAGCUGACGCAGGAGUCCGAACAGAUACUGACGGAGCGCGAGGCAUCCAAGAUGAUCAGCCGAUGCAAGACCAAAUUGGCCUUGCAGGAGCUGCUGGACGACUUCCACAUCGAGUACACCAGAGCUCAGACUGUGGACCAGCUCCGCGGCAUGGGACUCCGACACUUGAUGGAGAACAAGGUGCCAGCAUCACCACAGAACUACAUGGGAUUCGGCAAGUACAGCGCCCUCACCUACGGACAGGUUCUGACGAACUACGAGAGCUAUGCAGAAUGGUGCGUGAAGACCUCCCAGGAGGAGGGGGAGUCCCACUGGCGUCUGAAGAGGUUUGCGCUAUGGGUGCAACGAACCAGCCGCUCCGAGAAGGUGGCACUCAGCAAGAUGCGGGAGAAUGCCAUCGAAGAGGACAUGACGGUCUGGAACCCCGGCCGCACCGGGACGACAAGCCGGGGGUACAAACCCCGGAACCAAGCCAGCGCCAGCUCAUCCGAGAUGAGCGACAACAAGUGGGAGCUGAUGUCGGUGGAUCGCCCGGAUCCCCUGACAGACUCAGAGCUAGUCCCCGAGGACAAGACACGGUCCGAAGUGAAGAUUGCCGCCCUCGAGGAGGAGAUCCACCAGCUCAAGGAGAUGGUGAAGCAGCAGAUGAACGACUCCGAGAUGGCGCGGAAGCAGAGCAAGGCGAAGGGGACCUAA